AUGAACCGCCUUGCUCUCCGCGUCCGGGGCGCCCGUCUCCCGCUCGUCUCCGCCUCCACAACAACGACCAGGGUGAUUCUCCCCAUCUCGGCCCGACGACACUACGCCUCGUCGGCCCCCAAGGAUGCCGAACAAGCUUCUGCGCAGUCCGGGGGCUCACGCUCAAAGGAUGCCAAGGAGCAGGCAGAGCAAGUCGACGAGGUCGACACCGGGAACAACCCCUCCAACGACCGGCUAGCUGGCGACGGUGCAAAGGGCCGGACCGGAGGCGGCGAACCACUUUCUAGCUCCGAGAACGCGCCUCCACGGCCCAAGAUCAACAGCGCCAGCAUCCCGGGCCAGGGGACGGACAAGCUCACCAAGGAGCAGCAGGAGGAAGUUGACAGGCACAAUGCCGAGUUUGAGAAGAAACACGACCGAGCCAGCCCAGCUGCAGAGGACAAAGUAGACAAAAAUUUCUGGAAGGGUGCAGGAGGGGUCGAAGGGCAUUAG